CCUGUUCUUUCUUUCGAUUUUUCUAAUAUUCCCUUGCUUACGGAUUUUCUGGAUCCUAUUUAUUGGUGUUUCAAUUAUAAAAUCGUCCCUCCUUUUUUCAUUUCACUUUGUUUUAUUCUGGUAAAAUUACAAUGGCGCACGAACCAACCCAACCAUUAUUGUCGCCUAGACGACCUUCCGUUCUCGAUAUCUCCAAUCUUCUCUGUCCCACCGAUGAACCGCCUAUCAAAAGCCCUUCCCUCUCGCCCUCCUCAUUUUCCAGCAGUUUCUCCCCUUGCAGCGUUCAAUCCAACCAGAGUAGCAGUAACAAUUACUUUUCAUAUACUCCCAGUCGUUCGUACCCUCCUCCCGUACGUUGGAUGAAAGAGGACGACUAUGCUUCGUCCACCUUGACCCAUUCCGCUCCUUAUCCUCACAUCCGCCGCUCCUUUGAAGAUGAUCGACGUUGCGAUAGGGUGUCACUGCCGUCUCCCUCUUAUUCGUAUAUGCCAAGCACACCACAAGACGAAUACAACGAUAACACGUCGGUCAAGCCCAAACGCCGGAGAGCCAGUGCCAAGCAAUUAGAGGUCCUCAAUCGCGUUUUUGAACGCACCUUUUUCCCUUCGACUCAAAUGCGUAUCGAACUCGGCAAACAACUUGGUAUGAGUCCACGUACUGUCCAGAUUUGGUUCCAAAACCGUCGUCAAGCACUUCGCACUCGUCAACGCACCCAAAAUGAAGGAAAUCAAUCCUAGCCCUUUUCUGCCUUGAUGGCGCCUCUUAAUCUGUGUCAUGAAUAACAUUUCUCCCCUCCUCCCUUUAUUGCAUUGUGUUGUUCUUUUUUUUAUUUUAAUCCACCCUCCAUGCAUGUAUGAACUGUCCAUUUUUUGUCUUUAUUCUUUUGUGUUUUUUCGGGUCUCCUCUUUGUCUAUGCUCUCGGCCUGGUUGUCGAUAAGAAUUCUUUUUCAAAAAAAAAAAUUAAAAAAGUUAAAUAAAUUACAUCUAUGCUCCCCCAUUUUUUGAACGUUGUUGAACCGUUAAAUCCAAUACUCGAAUGAUUUGGUGUGUGCUUGGUUUUUUCAUUUAAAAAAUUUCGCCAUUGCCUGAUCCAGCGUUCGAUUUCCUAAAACGAACAGGAUUUUGUUCUUCCCGGG